AUGUCGAACUCUCCUUCAAAGGACCCUGAACUUGACCCCGAAGCGCAAUCGGGAGAAGAACACGAGCACAUGGACAAGGACCAUCACGACGUGCAGGGACACCCGGGCGAGUUCGAGGUGAAGGAGCAAGAUCGGUGGCUUCCGAUUGCAAAUGUGGCUCGUAUUAUGAAGUUGGCCCUGCCUGAAAAUGCGAAGAUUGCGAAAGAAGCCAAGGAAUGCAUGCAGGAAUGUGUGAGCGAGUUCAUCUCAUUCAUUACAAGUGAAGCCUCGGAGAAAUGCCAGCAGGAGAAGCGCAAGACAGUCAACGGCGAAGACAUUCUAUUCGCCAUGACCUCACUUGGAUUUGAGAACUACGCCGAAGCCCUCAAAAUCUACCUAUCGAAGUACCGCGAGACCCAAUCUGCACGUGGUGAAAACCAAAGGCCCCCAAGCGCUGGAUAUGGAACUGGGGGACCUGUCGGUGGCCCUGGUGGACCUCCAGCUCGUCCCACAGGAUUCCCCGAUGCCGAAGGUGCAAAUCCCAUGUUGAACCCCAACCUUGACCAAUCCGAGCAAGAUGCCUCCGCUUACGGCUAUCCCUCUAUGGUCGGUCAGCCUCACAACGGUGCGGGCGGCGAGUCAUACUAA